AUGGUGGCAAACCCGUUUCUGAGCGAGGAGUCGGACCGCGCAGGCGGGCCGAUGCACGGCGAGCGCGCAAUUCCGCCGCUUCCGCGGUCGCCAGGCCGCCUGGCGCCGUCGCGGGCCGCGACGCGGUACUCACCGCAGCGGCCAGAGCGCGGCGGGCUGGCGGAGCGAGCGCACCUGGCGCCCAAUCGAUAUGAGGCGAACCUGAGCCUGUCACCGAGCCGGAACAUGCACACGGUGCUGGAUAUGGGGUUCGAAGCGAGCGACAGCGACAGCGACAGCGAGCGGUCGCCAGUGGCGCCGAGCAGCCACGGCGGGCGGACGCACGGCGGGCGGCCGUCGAUGGGCAGCGCGUACAGUCCGCGCAAGGCCGAUGACGACGGCUCCAGCAGCGUGCUGUCUGGCGCGACAAUCGGCCAAACGAACUUCCAGCUGAACCACCCGCAGAAGCGGUAUAUUCGGCGGGGGAAGUCGGAGGUGCGGCGUACGCCGCCGCUGGCAAAACAGAAGAACAUUCUGAAGCUGGACAACCCGAUCCCGCGAGGGCUGCUUGACAUCUUGCCGCGGCGCGACUCGCCCGAGUUCACCGAGAUGCGGUAUAUUGCCUGCACGGUUGAACCAGAUAUGUACGUAGAACAGGGAUACAGCCUGCGGAUGGCGGAGAUGGACCGCGAGUGUCAGGUGGUGGUGUGCGUCACCAUGUACAAUGAGGACAAGUACGCGCUUGCCAGGACCCUGCACUCCAUCCAGCGGAACAUCUCGCACCUGUGCAGGCGGAAGAAGUCCCAGGUGUGGGGCAAAAACGGCUGGAAGAAAGUGCAGGUGAUUAUCGUGAGUGAUGGCAGGAAUAAAAUCAACAGUGGCUCGUUGGACUAUCUGAGCGCGCUCGGUGUGUACCAGGAAGACAUGGCAAAAUCCACGGUUAAUGGUGAGCCUGUGCGGGCACACAUUUUUGAGCUGACGACGCAGGUGUCCAUCAACGACCAGCUGAACUACAAAAGCGAGAACAUUGUCCCGUGCCAGAUGGUGUUCUGCCUGAAGGAGGAAAACCAAAAGAAGAUCAACUCACAUCGGUGGCUUUUCAACGCAUUUUGCCGCGUUUUAGACCCCACCGUUGUCAUGCUUGUUGAUGUGGGCACCAGGCUGAACGAUACCGCUGUCUACCACCUAUGGAAGGCUUUUGACAUGGACUCCAACGUCGCAGGCGCGGCGGGCCAGGUGAAAACCAUGAAGGGCAAGUAUGGCUGCAAGCUGCUCAACCCACUGGUGGCGUCACAGAACUUUGAAUAUAAAAUGUCCAAUAUCUUGGACAAGCCAUUGGAAAGCAUGUUUGGGUACAUCAGCGUUCUUCCAGGCGCGCUAUCUGCCUACCGGUACCGGGCACUACAAAAUAACGAGGAUGGCACGGGCCCACUGUACUCAUACUUCCUCGGCGAAUCGAUUGAAGGCAGAAACUGCAAUGUCUUCACCGCGAAUAUGUACCUGGCAGAAGAUAGAAUUUUAUGCUGGGAGCUAGUGGCCAAACGUGACGCCAAGUGGGUUCUAAAGUACGUGAAAGAAGCACAGGGCGAAACAGACGUUCCCGAAGAACCUCCUGAGUUUAUCUCUCAGAGAAGGCGCUGGCUAAACGGUGCAAUGUUUGCAGCACUCUACGCCCAACUUCAUUUUUUCCAGAUCUGGGGCACGAAGCAUUCUUUAAGGAGAAAGAUUUUUUUCCAUAUUGAGUUCUUGUACCAAUUUUUCCAGAUGUUUUUCUCCUGGUUCUCGAUUUCUAACUUUUUCCUUACAUUCUACUACCUGGCAGGUUCUAUGAUCGGUGUGCUUAAAAAUGGUAAAGCCGUGUUUACGUUUUUCAAGUACCUGAUAAUAUGUGAUUUGGCAGCCAUAUUCAUAAUCUCAAUGGGCAAUAGUCCUCAGGGUGCCAAUCAUUUGUUCAUCAUAUCCAUGUUCCUUCUUUCUGUCUGUUCUACUUAUGCAUUAGUGUGUGGUAUUACUUUUGCCGCCAAAACUCUCACCGCAAUUUCGACUCCAUCAGCUGCCUUUUCGAACAUUAUGGUUUCGCUCUUGUCGACUUAUGGACUUUACAUCCUUUCUUCUUUCUUGUACCUUGAUCCAUGGCAUAUUUUUACUUCAUCCAUACAGUACUUCCUCAUGUUGCCCAGUUUUGUUUGCACCUUACAGAUAUUUGCCUUCUGUAAUACGCACGAUGUUUCCUGGGGUACAAAAGGCGCUUCGCAGGGGUCCAAGCCAAAGUCUGAAGCUAUGGUUACCCAGGGCCCCGAUGGCAAACAAAUAGUUGAGGGUACUGAAUGGCCACAGGACAUCGAUAAUAAAUACCAGGAAAUCAAGAGUCGUCUAAAAUCGGAUGAAGUGGUAGAAAUAAAAGUUGAUCCUAUCCAAAAGCAAGCAGAUCACUACCGUGAUGUGCGGACUAGAAUUGUCAUGUUAUGGAUGCUUUCCAAUUUGAUUUUGAUCAUGAUGAUAACCCAAAUAUACUCACCUGAAGAAACCUCUAAUAACAAAUAUUUGGUUUUUGUCUUGGGAUCAGUCGCUGGUCUGGCUGCCUUCAGGUUUUUAGGCUCCUUUUCUUUCCUGGUCAUAAAAUACACUAGAAUGAUCGUUAAGUGGAAACGUAAAAGUGCCCAAAUUGCAAAGUGA